CUGUUGCGGCAACAACGUAUACUUGAUCCGUAAAUAACUAAACCGGAUCACGAUUAAUCCUUUCGAAACCGAAAAGAAUUCAGUUUAAAAAUUUCUCGUGUAUAAGGAGUUGUGAGCAGUGAAAAAGAGAUAAAUCAAGCAAAUCAAAUGAAUAAGAAAAUUAAUUGAAUAUGUGGAGGAAUAAGAAAAUAUAUAAAUAGCAGCAUAUAAUGAAAUAAAAUGUAAAAUAGUGGCUUCAAGGAUAAUUGAUUGAUACAAUAGGACUCAUCUGAAUCAGGGUUCGUAAGACUAUUAGAAGUUACUUGUGUUCUAUAUGCGACUAAUUCAAUAUCUUAGACGACACAAAUAAUUUAUAAAAUAUAAUAUACGCUUAAGGGGCGCAAAUAAUUACAACAGUUACAAAGUUAUGUCGAAUAAUUCUGAAAUAAAUCCUGGAGGUGAAGCUAUCGAGAGUGCUCGAGUAAAGCACGUUGAAACAAUUGAAAUGCCAACGCUCAGUAAUCCAAAUGACACCUUGACAAUACCAAAAACUACAACUACUGCAGCAGCGCAGUUACUGACAAAAUUAAAGCAAGAAACGCAGCAGGUGCAGAAAUUAAAAAACCUGCCAGAACGUGGUUCGUGGUCUUCUAAAUUAGAUUUCAUUCUAUCUGUUGUUGGUCUUGCAAUUGGACUGGGCAAUGUUUGGCGGUUUCCAUAUCUAUGUUACAAAAAUGGCGGUGGUGCUUUUCUCAUACCUUAUUUCAUGACAUUAAUAUUAGCUGGCAUACCAAUGUUUUUCAUGGAACUAGCACUGGGUCAGAUGCUGACAAUUGGAGGAUUGGGCGUUUUUAAAAUUGCGCCCAUAUUUAAAGGUAUCGGUUAUGCUGCUGCUGUAAUGUCCUGUUGGAUGAAUGUAUACUAUAUCGUAAUUUUGGCGUGGGCUGUAUUUUAUUUCUUCAUGUCUAUGAGAGCAGGAUUUUGCGGCUAGCCGAACCGAUACCAUACAAAAAAGGGAGUGUGUGUCUAAUUGUCACUGAAGAACGCCUAAGCCUUCGAUGGGCAAAAUUGAGUGACAUUGCAUUAAAGCAUUGUACUAAAAUACAUAUACAGUAGAUUCUGUUUUUAUGCGGUUUUUUUAUGCGGUUUUGAAAUAAUGCGGUUUUUAAAAAAAUUAAAAAAUGCAUGUCGACCUAUCGGGAAUUGUACAUAUAAACAAGAUUCUAAACCAGUUAAGCAAAAACUCAUUAAAGAUUACAUCAAAAAUGCUAACCCUACAAGUAUGGAACCGCCUGCUUCACCAUCCAGAUCAGACGUGUACAUUUCCUCAAGUGAAGGAUGUGAUUUUACGCCAAAUCCGAAACGAAUGCGCUACAUGCGGGUAUUGUCUGAUUCUAUUUUUGACGAUGUAAAUUUAUUUUUCGAC